AUGAAAACACUAAAUUUUACUGGAUAUGGUUUAGUCAAUGCAGCUGGUGGAAGUGCAUCUGGCACUGGUGAUGGCGGGGGUGGUGCAGGUGGGAGAGUUUCCAUUCACAUUGACUUUGCCAAUAAGUUUACAGGUUUUAUAACUACUGGAGGUGGCUUCGGAUCAGGAACAUAUCUGGCAGGAGCCUCGGGCACAGUUUAUAUCCAGGAAAACAACCGAGGGCCGCAGUAUGCAGAGAUUAAGUAUGAUGCAGCUACUAAUACAUACAUCAAAACUGCGACACACAAACGUGUGCUAGUUGAUAACUUUGAUACUGAUAAAGAGCUGUAUGCAAAUCAUGGAAUUCCUUGGAUCUACACAGUUAUUGAGGAAAAGCAACAAGCUGCAUACACUUAUGAUGAACUUGAAUUGCGAGGUCACUCCAAUCUACAGAUUGGGUAUGCAGAUUCAUCAGUGUGGCCAAACAUCACUGUAAUUGUUCACCGACUUUAUGGAGACAACACAGGCCUCAUAAAUAUUCGUAAAAACCAGACGAUGUAUGUGGAAGUUGUUGAAUCGCUCACAAAUGAAACGUAUGCUCCAUGCAACUUCAAAUGUGACAGUGGAUCGGAAACUUUUUUCCCAGAAUGGACUAACAUGUUUGGGUCAAGAUCAUUCUUUGCUGGACUUGUGACCGGGAUUGAGAAGUUCAUGAUACAUAGAGGAGCUGAUGUUCUUUUCUACUCCACUGGUCACACUGCCAAGAUUGAGAAUGGUCAAUACAUCACCAUGACUGACCCUGGUAACUACGAGUUCCCUAUAUUCCAUGUAGGCAGAUUGUCGGUAGCAGAAUUCCAACAUAUCACAACUUCAUUGACUUUGACAAGUGCUGAAUUCCUAGUCAAGCAUCAAGGCUUAUCUUCUAUGAACUUUGCCAAUAUUUUCUCCAGCUAUGCUCAUGUUGAGAGCAAGGCCAUACUUUCCAUGGAUGAGAGAGGGAAUGGACCUGAGAAGGGUUAUGGUAAAGGGACCACAAAGAGUGGUAUUGGUUGUGGUGCUGGCCAUGGAGGUUGGGGUGGCUGCCCUGCACCAGACUAUGGUGGUGAGCCUUUUAACUCUGUCUUUUCACCUGGAAAUGAUGUUUUGUCAGCGACUCAAGAAUUUUCAGGAAGUGGUGGUGGUAAUGGCGGCGGUCAAGGAGGCUCGGGUGGAGGAUUCCUUCUGUGGGAGAUUGGUGACCUUCUGGAGCUGAACGGUGUGUUGUCUCUCAAUGGAGCCGAUGGAGUAGGUGGGAACGCUGGUGGUGGCAGUGGUGGGAGCGUAUUGAUAAAAACCAUGAAUAUGUCUGGACAUGGAGCCAUAUCUGUAAAGGGUGGCAAUGGUGUUGGUUCAGGAGGCGGAGGAUCUGGUGGACGAAUUGGCAUUCACUGUCAGUGGAGAUAUCAAUAUGGAGGAGCAUUCGACAACUAUGGGGGUGAUGGUGGAGCUUCACAAAAACAGGCACACACAGGUGCAGCAGGAACAUCUUAUAGGGAGGAGAACCUCCGUCAGCUGGAGUACAGGUUAAAGAAAUAUGACAAGGUACACAAUACUACUUUUAUGGAAGUAGAUCACAAGUACGUCCACUCUGAUAACUUGCUCAAAUAUAGUCCCGCACCAACUCUUCUCAUGGCUAAUGACACUUAUGACUAUGAGUUUAAUGAAAUUGACCUGACAGGAAGUUCAAGAAUGAUGAUCUAUCACCCAAACACUACCGACAGAAAUGUCACUGUAAUCGGACACAAGUUCCUUGGUGACAAAACAGGCCAGCUCCACACCCGAUCUAAUCAGCAUGUAUAUGUGGAAUAUGUUGAAUCAAUUUUGAACAGAACUGAGGCUGUGUGUAGCUUUAUCAUUGAACAGUGUAGUGAAAUCAUCUUCCCUGAGGAGGUUCAUGUACAAGGUACAAACAGCACAAUAGCAGGAGAGGUGACUGGAGUUCUAGAUCUGAAUAUUGAAAGGGAUGCUUUUGUGGAAUUCAUGUCAACAGCUAACACUGCCAAUCUGAAGAAUGGAGCCAAAGUUAAUAUACAAGAGCCCAGCUACUUCUCGUUUGGAACAGUCACUGUUAAACAAGGUGGUUUGGUAGGUUUCUCAAAAAUCUCUGACAUUAUACAUCUAGAGGCAGGAAAGGUUGAAGUGCGCUACCAAGGUGAAUUGUAUAUGAAUGAUGCAGAAUUAGAAUCAGGAUUUGCAGAGAUAGAAAGUCAAGGAACAUUCCACCUGAAUGGACAUGGAAAUACAGCGGAGAAUGGGCCAGGGGCAGGAAGAACUGUCGGUUCUGUUGGCUGUGGUGCUAGUCAUGGUGGCUAUGGAGGUUGUUCUAACCAGUCGCAGGCUACACAUCCUUAUGGUUCUGUUUACUCUCCAAAUGAACUCGGAAGUGGUGGAGGUAAUGGUCAAGGUACAGGAGGAAAUGGAGGAGGUCGGUUGUUGUGGGACGUUGCUGUUCACUUUGAACUCAAUGGCUUGCUUGCUUUACGAGGAAAUAAUGGUCAGGGAUCAAACGCUGGUGGUGGAUCAGGUGGUAGUCUUCUUGUGAAGACAACCAACUUUACUGGUCAUGGUGAGAUCAAUGUAGCAGGUGGCAAUGGGGUUGGUUCUGGUGCUGGAGCCGCAGGAGGUCGAGUGGGAAUCCAUUGUCAAUAUAGAUACACUUAUGGAGGAAAGUACACCAACCAUGGAGGUACUGGUGCAAGUUCUGCCUCUGGGGCACCAGCUGGAACCACAUUUGUUGAGAACAAUAUGCGUCCACUAGAGUACAGAAUACUGAAGUACAUGCCUGGUACAAACACCACAUACUUCCAGGUAGAUCACAGGUACCUGCACAUGGACAACAUUGGUAAUCUUGUUCCUGGUGCCACUCUUGUCAUGGAAAACGAAACAAUUACUUAUGAGUUUGAUGAGGUAGAAGUGACCGGGGCAUCCAUAGUACAGAUCUACCAUCCAUUAGACUCUAAUGUCACUGUGACCAUUCACAAAGGCCUUGGGGACAAGACUGGGCAGAUCCACAUGAGAGAAAACCAGACUGUGUUGAUGGAGUAUGUGGAGUCUGAGUCUAAUGUUACAGAAGCUCCUGUCAGUUACUACAUCGACCAUGGAUCAACAAUUAUCAUGCCAACAGAGGUACAUAUGCAUGGUGUUCGUACAAAUCUGUUUGGUUUGUUGGUUGGUGUACAUCAUCUGUACAUUGAAUACAAUGGAGCAGUAUCUGUGUUAGCCACAGCUCAGACAGCCCAACUAUCCAGCGGAGUUAGAACCGACAUAACAAUGCCAGGAAAUUUCUCUCUCCCCUCCAUGAAGAUCAACUCCUAUGGCAGUAUAGAAUUUGGACAUAUAGCAAAUGAUCUAUUCAAUUUGGAUUUUGGAAGGGUGGACCUGAAAUAUAAGAGUGAGCUUUUGAUGAACUAUGGUACAUUGGUAGCAGGAAAUGCAGAUAUUGAGUCUGAGAGUCUGUUUGAUCUAAGAGGAAGAGGUCAUCCAGCACAAACAGGAAAUGGUGCUGUACCAUCCUCCACUUAUGGUGGCAGUCACGGUGGUGUCGGCGGUGGACAAUCUGGAAAUACAUAUGGAUCUGUCUUUACUCCCAAGGAACUGGGAAGUGGAGGUGGAGGAUCCUAUGGAGGAUCAGGUGGUGGAUUUAUCAACUUCAAGAUCGGAAGUCUUCUCCAUGUUGAUGGGGAUGUGAAAGCCAACGGUGCCACACCCACUUCAGGUCACUCUGGUGGAGGAAGUGGAGGUUCUAUAAUGGUAGAAGCCUUCAAUGUGUCUGGUCAUGGGUUGUUUGAUGCCAGUGGUGGGGAUGGAUAUGCUUCAGGAUGUGGUGGAGGUGGUGGACGUAUAGCUAUGCUUGUUGAUGCUGUCAAUCUCUAUGGUGGUGCAUACAGUGCCAAAGGUGGAAGUCGUGGUACAAGUUCCUCAAAUGUAGCUUGUGAUGGAGGGCCAGGUACUAUCUACAAGUAUGAGUCAAGCCGUGGUCCUACGUACAGGGAGCUUAAGUAUAACCCACGCCUUAAUGUCACAACUCUGAAGCCAGAACAUUCCAAACUUACUGUAGACAACGCAGAUCUGCUGACAGAACAACCGGCAAUGGUGAUGGAAAACGCUACAGUAUAUUAUGAGUUUGAUGAAGUUCAGGUGGAGGGACACUCUUAUGUUCAUUUUUACCAUCCAUCUAAUGCAGACAAUGUCACAGUGAUCAUUAAGGAACUGACUGGUAACAAAAAGGGCUUUGUUAGGGUGCAGAAUAAACAACAAGUUAAAGUUGACUUUGUGGCUUCCACUCAUACCUAUUUGGAUGCUCCUUGCGGCUUUCAUGUAGAUACUUAUGGCGAACUUGUCUUACCCACAGAAGUUUAUGUGACAACAGACAAAGUUAUUUUAGGGGGUACCUUGAUAGGUGUAGAAACCCUUACAAUUGAAAGAAAUGCUGAAUUGAUUCUACAAGACAACGCCCACACAACGGAUAGUCGGUCUCUGCAACUGUCCAAACUUAACACUCAGGGUAGUUCUUCCUUUACUCCAGGCGACAUCUCAUUCGGCACACUUAGUGUCAACAAUCUAGGUAAACUGACAGUGUCCUUGGAUCCUUUGUUUCCAGAGAUUGCUACAGGAGACCUAACCAUCAAAAAUGGAGGAACUGUAUCUUUGGAGACCCUACAGGUCAUGUUGAACAGCACAAACCUCAUAGUAGAGAACAAUGGUCUGAUAACAGGAAGUGGCUUCGGAUUUACUAAAAAUACAGGAACAGGAGCUGGAACACAGGGCAGCUAUGAUGGAUCUGGAGGAGGUCACGCCAGCAGAGGUGGCACCAGUGAAUCCAAUGCAGCAGGUGGUGCUUACUAUGGUGAAGAGAUGAUGACUACUGAUCCUGGAAGUGGAGGUGGUGGUAGUUCUGGAACUGCUGGUGGCAGUCACAUAUCCAUCAAUGUUGGACAGGCCUUCAGCGUUGAAGGGACCAUUGAGAGUAAUGGAUUAGAUGGUACAAGUACAAUGUAUGCUGGAUCAGGAGCAGGAGGUAGCAUCCUUAUAACAUCCAACAAGCUUCAGGGCUAUGGCACCAUCUCUGUCAAUGGAGGCAAAUCCUACGAGGGUUACUACUCCGGUCAUCACACCUACUAUCAUAAUGGUGCUGGAUCUGGUGGAAGGAUAGCUGUUAACCUGAAUGAACUGCCAAAUUUCCGCGGAUCAUUGGUAGCACAAGGCGGCCUUGCAAGCAAUGGUGGCUCAACCAAUCAGCAUGGUGGACCUGGAACAGUGUUUAUCAAAUCUACCAUUGGAGACACGGUAUCCCGGUAUCUGUGGAUAGACAACCAGAACCGAGGAACACUCCUGUCCUGUUCCUUCCCAACCUAUGUCAACUCAACAGUCCUACAUACAUUGUACUUACAGAACAGAGCUUGUGCACGACUCUCACAGGAUGACACAGAUAAGACAAAUGACACUGACAACGAACAUAAGUCACCCAAUUUAUCACCAAACGAAGCUGAUAGGUCGAAGGCUAACGUUGGGCUUACUGCACAAUCACGAGGGAGAGAAAAAACACGACAGACAGCUGGCUGUAUAAAAAGGAAAAGACUAUCGGAAAGCACAGAAAGAGAAAAAGACGAUUAUAUGAACGAAAACGGCUGCGCAAAUCAUGAACCUUUCUCCAAGUUUGAGAAAAUGUGUGAACUGCAGGAGAAAAACAAAGUUGACAUUGGUAGCAUGUAUCGAAAUGCAGAUAAAUGUAAAGAAUUUGUCAGUUGUAUUGCUCAAGUAGAGUCAAACAGGCUGGAAAAAGAUAUCAAAGAAAGCAGGUUUUUAACCAUUCUCUCAGAUGGGUCCACUGACAGUUCAGUUAUAGAACAGGAGACAGUUUUUGUACGUUUUGUUGGGAAAGAUGGGGCUCCCCAUACAGAGUUUGUUAGUAUAAUUCCCCUGCAAUCGGCUGAUGCAGAUGGCGUUUUAACAGGUAUACUAGAAGGGUUAAAGGAAGUGAACAUAGGUGUAGACGAUCUGAAGAAGAAGUUGGUGGGGUGUAAUUUUGACGGGGCAUCAGUAAUGAUGGGGAAAAAGGGUGGAGUAGCUGUCAAGUUAGAACAAAAAGUUGAACAUGAUAUUGUCAAAAUUCAUUGUGUUGCCCACAAUCUUGAGUUGGCAGUUUUGGAUUCAGUGAAAACAGUUCCCUAUCUGAAACAGUUUCAGGACACUGUGAACCAAAUUUAUAAAUUUUACUAUUACUCACCAAAACGAAGGCGAGAAAUGAAAGCAAUUGCAGCAAUUAUUGAAGAAAACCCUGUGUCUCAAACAGGUCUACAGAGAACACGCUGGGUGGCUUCUAGGCAUAGAGCCAUUCUAGCUGUUAUAAAAUCUCUUCCUACUAUUGUCAUCCAUUUUGAGAAUUCCUCUCAAGGUAAGGGAGAGGAAGCAUGUAAAGUGAAGGGUUUCUUAAAGGAGAUCUGUUCAGAGCGCUUCCUCCGGUUUUUGUAUUUCAUGUGUGAUGUAUUACAGAUUCUCUCUGAUCUAAAUGAAGAGCAGGAGAAUGCCAAAGAGGAAUGGCUAGAACUAAAGAUAAGGCUUAAUCCGCAUAGGUCUGUUCAGCCAGUGGAAAUUCUAGCAUCACUUCUCCAGUCCAAGCCAGAAGGCAUUGGCAAUAUUCUCCUUCUGUCCAAUGUUUUGGUCAGCUACUUGCAUGGUGGAUCCGGUUUACUUUACUUGGAAAACGAGGUUGAAAUGAAUCAAGAAGAGCGUGCCCACUUGAGAACCAAUUUACAUGUUGUUGCUGGGUCCAAAGCUAUCAUGCCUCCGACCCUGUUUGUUGAGGAAACAUUGACUGCAGAGGGUGGACUCAUUGGAGUGGAGCACUUGUACACUAGAGGAGUGUCCAACAUUAUCAAGACUGGAUACAGCAUCUGCUCAACCAGUAUCACGCUAAACUCCGAGUUUAAUUUCUACACUGUCACGGUUAUGGAUGGUGGACUUCUUAAGUUAACUGAUGAUGACAAGACAACAGCCUCUGGAUUGUCAUUCAGGGCUUAUCAUAUUCAUCUUGAAGACUCUGCUAAGAUGAAAGUUGAGGGAGGUGUAGAAUUCUUCGCUGUUGUUUUUGAUAUGGAAAAAGACUCAACAUUGAAUGGAAAUGAGUUUGGAUAUGAGGCUGGCAGUGGAACUGGAUAUGGCAGGACAUGUGGCCCUGGUACAGGUGCUGGUCAUGGUGGCAUAGGAGGCAGUGCUUCAUGUGGCUGUUCCUAUAGUGGUUCCUGUGUGGGGGGAGCAGCAUAUAGUAAUGCUUGUACGCCAUGGCUUGCAGGAAGUGGAGGUGGUAACUCUGUGUCAAGAACUGGUGGUACUGGUGGCUCUGCUAUACGUAUCAUUGCUAGUCAUGCUGCUUUCAUUGAAGGUGCUAUGUCCAGCAAUGGUGGGUCGGGGACCAAAGCAGCUGGUGGAGGCAGUGGAGGGUCUAUCUGGAUUGACAGCUAUAUCAUAGAAGGCUGGGGGUCUAUCGAUGCUGAUGGCGGGUCCGCAGGAUCAAACUGCCAUUCUUGCUGGAAUGGUGGAUGCUGUUGUUACAACAGAGGAGGUGGUGGAGCUGGUGGACGAAUCAGAACUGUCACAGGCAAUUAUACCCAAAAGGUACUCUACUACAACCGUGACUCUGGAGCAGGCUCUGGAGAUGGAGGCUCUGGUGGUGUUGGUUCCCUCUGUGAUCACCAUGACGACCAAUGUAGUGGUCACGGAAAUGGCUCAGCUGGAAUCUGCUCAUGCGAUUCAGGCUACUAUGGUAAUGACUGCCAGUACAGCUGCGAGUGUGGAUCACAUGGCACAUGUAACAGUGACGGUAUCUGUGUGUGUGAUCAUGGCUAUAUAGGCUUUCACUGUGAGAGUACAUGUGAUGACAAUACCACUUGUAGUGGACAAGGACAUUGUACCACCUGUGGAUCCUGCCUCUGUAAUGCCUGUUACCAUGGAAGUGACUGUUCGUCCCUUUGCAGUGGUCAUGGUACCUGUGAUGCAGAUGCCUGUCUAUGUGAUGCCUGCCACCUGGGAGAGUACUGUGAAUCAGAAUGUAAUGGACAAGGAAGUUGUAACGGUACUACCUGUAUAUGUCAAUCAGGAUGGUAUGGUGCUAAAUGUACCAUCAAAUCGUGUGGUGGCCUCAACAACAUACCCUGUUCUGGACAUGGGACUUGUCAUGCAGCCAGUCAGACAUGCUUCUGUGAUCCUGGAUGGGAAGGUUCAGAAUGUGAGAACCCUGACUGCCCUGGUGACAUCAACUGUAAUGGUAGGGGUACCUGUAACACAGCAUAUGAGCCUCCACGCUGUACUGAUUGUGAUGUUGGAUGGAUGGGACCGGCAUGUGACGAUCCCUGUGUUCACGGUACACCCAAUGCUGACAACACUAACUGUACCUGCAACAGCACCUGUUACCAUGGCUUAGGUUGUAACAUCCAGUGUUCAGAACAUGGCACGUGUGAUGUCAACUAUGACUGCUACUGUGAUCCAUUCAGUGGCUGGGCUGGCACCCUGUGUGAAAUACCAGGCUGUCCAAGACAUCCCGUCACCCUGGAGGAGUGCAGCAAUCAUGGUACAUGUAACAGCUUCGACCACAUUUGUGAAUGUGAUGCUGCAUGGAAAGGUGCUGCAUGUCACAUAGCAGACUGCCAGGGAGAGCCUGAUUGCCAAGGUCGGGGCCAUUGUGAUGACACACUGAACACUCCAAGAUGUAUCAACUGCACAGGUCCCUGGAUGGGUGUAGGUUGUGACGAGCCAUGUGUCAACGGCACUGAGACCCCCAUGAAUUCAGGAACAUGUGUUUGCGAUACUGGAUUUGCAGGUGUAGGGUGUGACUCUGAGUGCUCUGGCAACGGAGUAAUUACAGGUGGAGCCUGUGUGUGUGACUAUGUCACUGGUUGGAAGGGACCCCUGUGUGACAUUCCAGGUUGUCCUGGACUUUUCAACCAUGACUGUUCCAACAGAGGAACUUGUAACAAUGCUUUGCACCUUUGUGACUGUAAACCUGGCUGGAUGAACAUCGGUUGUGAGGAUGCUGACUGUCCGGGGACACCCAACUGUAACGGACAUGGCUCCUGUAACUCCACUCUCGACCCUCCCAAGUGCAUGUGUACAAGUCUGUACUUUGGUGCUGACUGCGGUCUGGUGUGUGACCACGGGACCAUCUUCCCAACUUUCAGUGAUAACUGUACAUGUGAUCCAGGCUGGGUAGGAAUUGAGUGUGAUGCUGAGUGCUCCCUGCAUGGGUCCUUCAAUGGCACCAUGUGUAACUGUGAUGUAAACUGGCGUGGAGUUGUCUGUGAGAUGCCUGGAUGUCCAGGAAUUGGUGAGGACUGUACUGGACACGGUGACUGUAACACUGCCACACAUAUAUGUACCUGUAACGCAGGCUGGACAGGAUCAGGGUGUGAGGUCCCUGACUGUCCUGGAAGUCCAGACUGUAUGGGCCGUGGAACCUGUGACACAAACUUUGACCCACCUAAGUGUAUGAAUUGUGAAGUGGGAUGGAUGGGACCAGCGUGUGAUGACCCUUGUGUCAAUGGUACACAGAAUCCACCUAAUAGUGGUUUUUGUGAGUGUGACCCUUGUUACUUUGGCAAAGGCUGCAACAGCGAAUGUGCAGGAAAUGGACAGUGUGUGGCAGAUGUAUGUGAAUGUGACACAAGCUGGAGAGGCUCAUUGUGUGAAGUCCCAGGCUGUCCAGGAACAAAGUAUGACUGCUCACAACAUGGAGACUGCAACAGUGCCAAUCAUGAGUGUACCUGCUUCCCAGGGUGGACUGGUGCCGCAUGUGAUGAGGCUGACUGUCCGAAUAACUGUACACAGAAUGGAAUCUGUAACACCACUGAUGUAGUAGUGCCGAAGUGUGUCUGCUACGAGGAUUGGAUGACAUUUGAUUGUAGUAAGCCAUGUGUCCAUGGCAACAAAACUGACAAUAUUCGUUGUACGUGUGAUCCCUGCUAUACUGGGGCAGGUUGUGACCUGGAGUGUUCUGGCAAAGGAGUUUGUGACAAUGGAGUUUGCAAUUGCACCAGACUACCAGGGAAUGCCUAUGUGGGUAGCUUGUGUGAGGAGAAGGGCUGUCCUGGUGCUGAUGGAGCCUGUAACCAACAGGGCAGCUGUAAUUCUGUUCUCCAAGAGUGCACCUGUUUCCCAGGCUUUAAGGGAUAUGACUGUUCAGAACCCAGCUGUCCAGGGACCCCAGAAUGUUCAGGUAACACCUUGCUCAGGAAUCGUGUAGUUUUAAUAGGUCACAGGAUUGCAAGAGUAGGGGUGAUGGAGGGAGGGGACAAAGGUACCUGUGUUGCUGGAACUUGUAUGUGUGAUUCAGACCGAAUAGGUGACUAUUGUCAGCUUCCCUGUUACAAUGGCACAAACUUCAAUGGAGAAUGUGUGUGUAACAAGACUUGUAUCACUGGUCCAUUCUGUCACCUGGAAUGCUCUGGAAAUGGACUGUGUGACACCAAUGGUGAAUGUGUCUGUGACUUCAAUGAUGGCUUCAAGGGAGAUAAAUGUGACAAGCCUGGCUGUCCAGGGUGGCCCGAGAAUUGCAUGGGACAUGGAUCGUGUAAUGAGGUGACUGGAGAAUGCCAGUGUGACUCAAACUGGAAACAACCUGCCUGUGCCAUACCCGAGUGUCCCAAUGACUGUAAUAAUGACCCUGAUGCCCAGUGUCUGGAACCGCCUGGUGGUGGAAUACCUCGAUGCUUCAACUGCUCCUCCAACAAAAUGGGAGAUGCCUGUGAAUAUGACUGCUUCCAUGGUGUAGGUGUAAGGGAUGCCAAUGGUAACUGGGAAUGUGAAUGUGACUCCUGCUAUAGUGGCACCACCUGCGACUUGUUAUGUAAUGGCCAGGGUUCCUGUACAGGAAACGGAACAUGUGACUGUGGAUUCAAUGGGUACAGGGGAAGUCUGUGUGAUACACAUGGUUGCCCAGGUUAUGAUGUAGACUGUAGUGGACAUGGAAACUGUGGUGGGUCUCACAGCUGUAUAUGUGAUGCAGGAUGGACUGGAAUAGGUUGUCAUAAAGGGGCAUGUUCCAACAAAUGUACUGGGCAGGGAACCUGUAUUGAUACCCUUACUCUAACAUCUCCAUACUGUUCCUGUGAUGCCAAAUACUUUGGAUCUGCUUGUGAGUACAUAUGUACAAAUGGUGCAAUGGCCAAUGGUACCUGUGUCUGUGACCCCUGCUUUGAUGGACUUGAGUGUGAAACAGAAUGCUCCAAUCGAGGCACAUGUACAAAUGGUGUCUGUGAGUGUGUGAGUAGUCGAGGCACAUACUGUGAGACAAAUGGCUGUCCAGGUCUGUACAAUUUGGAUUGUUCAGGUCACGGGUCAUGUAACACAGCUACAAGUUCCUGCACUUGUAAUGCAGGUUGGAUUGGCACUGAUUGUGCAACUCCAGAUUGUCCAUCAAAUUGCAACAACCGUGGUCAUUGUGAUACAACAUACACUGUGCCUGUGUGUACAGACUGUGAGAAGGGCUGGAUGGGAAGUGCCUGUGAUAUACCUUGUAAUGGCACACAGUCUCCAAUGGAUAGUGGCACCUGUGUGUGUGAUAGCAACUGUCAACAUGGGACAAGCUGUGAGCUCACUUGCAGCAAUGUUGGAAGCUGUGUUGAUGAGACCUGUGUUUGUACAGACUCCACAGGCUACAGUACAGGAGCCUGGGGUACUUACUGUGAGGAAGUUGACUGUCCUGGACGACAUAUGCCCUGCAGUGGCAAUGAACUUUUCUGUCUUAAACCUCUUCCUACACCUAAGUGCAUCUGCAAGGCUGGAUUUGUUGGUCUGGGCUGCCAGAAUGUUGACUGCCCUGGCCAGCCAGACUGUAGUAAUCAGGGUGUAUGUCAGAGCGAUGCCACCUGUCUUUGUAACAAUAUGACCAUGGGCUUACAAUGUGAGCUGCCCUGUGAGAUGGGCACUGCUGCUCAGAGUGGUAACACGUUCAGCUGUGAAUGUGACGACUGUAUAUCAGGAACGGGAUGUGACAGUGUUUGUAAUGGCCAUGGAACUUGUAAUGGAACAGGCACAUGUAUCUGUGAUUCAGCAUGGUGGGGAGCCUUAUGUACAGACCCAGGAUGCCCUGGAGUUGGGUCCAGCUGCUCUGGACAUGGUAACUGUCUUGCUGGCUCAUGUUCAUGUGAUCAAUACUACAAGGGAGCAGGUUGUGAAGAGGUUUACUGUACAGAUGACUGCAACAACAGAGGUACCUGUGAUUAUAACAACUAUUGGCCUCCAAAAUGUAUCAACUGCAAUGACUCCAUUGGACCUAAAUGUGAGAAAGACUGUAUCCAUGGGACAGAGUUGUCUCCCUUCAGCACAGUAUGUGUGUGUGACGACUGCUACAGUGGAUUUGACUGUUCCAUUCAGUGUUCCAACCAAGGAUUGUGUAACUCCACCUCCAAUAGUUGUGAUUGUGAAACUGGCUUCAAGGGCAGCAUCUGUGCUGACCUGGAUUGUCCAGGUGAACCUGACUGCAGUAACUAUGGAACAUGUAUGAGAAGUAACAAUGAGUCCAUCUGUUCCUGUAAUGCUGGAUUUACAGGAGCUGACUGUUCUGACUUCAUCUGCCCUGGAACACCUACUUGUAGUGGCAAUGGUGCCUGUAUCUUGGCCACAGGAUCUGUGGCCCCAUCCUGUGCCUGUAACCAUGGAUUCGGCAGUCUGGACUGCUCCUCUUGUCGGCAACAUUUUGCAUCACCAAACUGUGACAAAUGUGAGGUAGACUACAUUGGCUACAAUACCACAUGUGGAACACUGUGUAAACAAGGCUAUGCCACUGUGACAGGCGGAGAUGUGUGCCAAUGCUAUGAUGAUGAUGUGAAUGGACAUUGGACUGGUCAAGCCUGUGAUGUCUGUCAGGAUGGCUGGGCCCUUCCCUCCUGUACCAGUUGUUCUCUCAACUACGUGGGGCCUGGCCACUGCAGUAUAACAUGUGUCACAGGCCAGGGUGUCUAUGCUGACAAGUAUGAUGGCACCAAUAUCACAACUGGAGUUCAGCCAGUCUUUAACUGUUACACAUUGGAGAAUAACGGACAGAAGACAGCCUGGUUUGGCUACAUUAACCCUAAUAUGCACAAUGUGUACAUCACAUCUGACACUGAAAACUACCUAAUGAAAUCAGACAUGACCAAAUACCAACCACUGACGAUGUUCAAAGCCAAUACUGUUGCAGAUUAUAUCUAUUCUGAAGGACCAUUCAAUGCCUCUGAUGUUCUCACUUGGAACUUAAGGACAACCCAGGCAAAUACUGGUGCUAGUUUGAAUGUUCCUCUCUCGACAGCAGCAGUGUGUUCUUUUCUACCUUCACAGCCGAUAUUUACCGAUACCACUGGAUACUGUAAAUGUGUUGAGGGCUAUUGGGGACCUUCCUGUGAGUAUGAAUGUCCAGGUGGAGGAUCCUACAGUUGCUUUGGUAAAGGGCAGUGUAAUGCAACAACUGGAGAGUGUACCUGUGUGAUAGGAGCCCAGGCUAGUACCAACUGCUCUGUGUGUCACACGGGCUGGACAGGGGAUGAUUGCAGCGUUGCUGUCUUUGCAGGAUCAAUGACAUCAUCAAAUACAAGUGUAUUCUAUGAAAGCGGUGGUGUAAAGACUUUUGAUGGAUCCCUUAUUGCAGUGCAAUCUCCUGGAGAGUAUAUACUAGCUCAAGGAACAUUAACUGGGACAGGCGAAAAUCUAGAAGUACAUGUUGUAACAUCACCUGGUACACUAGAUAUAACAUCCACAUUGAUGGCAAGUGUAUCCGUGGGAACAGACACACUAGUGGUCGUCGCAGGUGAUGGAGAUGUUGAUGAUACCAAAACUUACUUCAAUGGCAAGAGGACAAGCAUCGGAUCAGGAUUGUCUAUGGGCUCAGUUACUUGUGUAAGAAGCUCCACUACCAAGAUUGGCUGUUCUGAUAAUACAGUUGUCAACAUCACAAUUGAUAUUUCUCCAUCUUCGCUACCUGUUGUGAUAGUGGAACUUGAUCCCAGUACCUGUAGUAACAACAAAGGUCUCUCUGGUCAAUGUGACGGAAACUCCAACAAUGAUUUCAAAACUGCAUCUGGAGUAACCUUGACAGGAGCAGCAGUAACCCAGGCUGCCUUAGAGGAGGAGUUUGCAUAUUCAUACAAGGUUCAAUCAAGCAGCUCAGAUAUAGCUGAGGUGGCCCCUAUUCCCAGCCGGGGAGGAAAUGGUCUUGAAAUUAAUGGCAGAAAUAUUGAAAUCAAGUCUUUGAACUCUUUUGCAGAAGAUGUAUCCCUGGGAAUGAAAUUCACUCUAAAUGAUGUGACCAGUUCUUACCAGACAAUUUUCUCAUACAGGUCUUAUGAUGGUAUCAACGUUUUCUGUACACUUGUAAAAGAUGAUGUCAUCCAUCUGUACACAUAUCACAAUACAGAUUUCCGUACCUUCCCUUCUCUUAUCGUGGAGGCCAAUACAUGGUACCAUUUGACUUUAGUAUGGAACCAUGCAUCCAAGCGACUGAGUCUGUAUCUGACAAUGGAAGAUUUGAGUCAAACUACAGACUUCACUGUAUAUGACCAGUCAUAUCCGACCCCGAUGGAACCUGGUGGCACACUGUCUUUAGGAUUCACUCAGUCAGAUGUUGAAUAUGCGGGAUGGGCUAUGCAAGGAAAGAUUGAUGACAUCCGGCUCUAUAAAAAGCAAUUGUCUUCCAUAGAAAUCAGGAGUACUGCUUUCACUGUACUUGAGUGUUCCACAGUAACCAUGUUGUCAAACCGAUGGACAUUUGACAAAGGCCAGGGGACAGAAGCUGUUGAUGAGAUUGGUAACAUCUUCAUGCAUUUUAAUCCAUUUGAUCCUCCUCAGUGGGUCCUUGUUAAUUAUACAAUGUCCUCAUGUACAACUGUUGAUGAAGAAGUGUAUGAACGACUUGAAACCAACACAGUAGAUCCAGUUCUUACCAGCCUCUGUCAAGAAAUUACCAGCAAAUUUGUGUCUGUGUGUGAAAGCAAAAUUGGAAAUGCUGCUUAUGAAAGUCUUCUAGAAAAUUGCUUGUUCAUUUCAUUGUCAGACAAUGAAGCUCCACUAAGACAUCUGGAGUCACUGAGCACUCUAUGUGACACACCAGUAAAUGAUGUCAGCUGGCCUGGAAGGACACUUUGUAACUCCUUUCCUAUUGAUAAGUUCCCCAUAUGGAGAGGCUCAUCAUGUAGCAUGCAGUGUGAAUCAGGAACUUGGGACAGUGUGAUGAACACCUGCCAGUGUAAGGAUGGGUUCUGGGGAGAACAUUGUGAUGGUGUAUGUCCUUCCUUCUUACAAAAGACAUGUGGAGGGGGUACAUGUAAUGUUACCAAUGGAGUGUGUACAUGUCCACCAUUCCUGGAUCCAGCUCACAACUGUCAGAGAUGUGUUUCUGGCUUUGAGGGCUCAGACUGUUCUGUAAUGUCUGCCACUAUAUCAGGGGGCAACACCGAAGGAGUAUGUAGUGCGUUUGGAAGGGCAAACUUCAUCAUGUUUGAUGGACAAUCAUACACACUGAAAGAAGCUGGAAUGCUGAAAUUUAUGCUGACUGCCAGUUUUAAUGUGUACAUAAAGCUCGCUUUGUGUGGAGGCAAUAACAUAUACUGUGUAAAACAGACCUGGAUUGAGUCACAGAAUGAGAACUUUACAAUGCAGUCUCCUCUGGAGGAUGGAGGUACCUUCAACCUCUACCACAACGGAACAAAAAUCAGAUUUGACCAGGAGUAUGACUUGACUGGAUCUAUAAAGAUAGUUAAGCAUGACAAAAACACUUUCCGAUUGGAUGUCUCUGAUGGAACAAUCUAUCUCAGAGAAGAUGCUGAUUUCAUUUCUACUACUGUAUCUUUGAAGAAGUCCUCCUAUGCCUCUCAGACAUCAGGGUUGUGUGGUAACUUUGAUGGCAGCACUGGCAAUGAUUUUGUAACAUCAAGUGGCACUGUAAGUCUUACUGAUAUUACCCAAGAAGGAUUAGAUGAAUUCCGGGUUAUUAAUACCAUAUCAUCUACAUCUGACACAGCCUUUUCUGACCAUUAUGGGGAUUUCACUUUACCCACCUCACCUACAGGUUUUGGGUUGCUGGUAAAUGGAUCUGGUGCAAUUUCAAUCCCCAUGACUGACACUUUCAGCACCGAUGGUAGUGGUUGUGUACAAUUAAGAUUCAAGACGAAAACUGACAAAGGCAUGGUAUUAGGUUACAAAGGAACUUCAUCUUCAAUGUCUGUAAACCUUAACAGUUCCAUGGUCAUUGUACGUUGGGGUGACAAAAUCAUUGACACAAACUACAGCGUUAAUAUUAAUCAGUCAUAUGACAUCUCAUUGUCAUAUGAUGAUGACACUGAUUCACUUCGUACGGAUAUAAUAACAGGAGGUAAAUUGGAUUAUACUGAAACUGUCCAGAACUGCACAGCCAACGUAUUUAGUAAUGAUGGAUUAGUAAGGAUUGGGAGCUGGAGUGAUGAUCCUCCAACCUCUAUGGAGAGAGAGCCAUUUAUUGGGGAAAUGGAUGAUUUGAAGACGUUUAACACAUCACUCAGGAUUAAUGAGACACUUUACUCUAUAAGUCAUGACCUGGAUAGCAGUUUUAAAAGCUUAAGCUCUAAAUUUACAAUGGCAGAAGAAGAUGGAAAUUUAGCCAUUGAUAGCAUACAUGGACAUAAAAUAUUCCUCCUUGGUAACACAGUGUUUUUCCCCAAUAAUGACAAGGAUGACGACAAUUCCUCGCCUGACCUUCCAACAACAUUCAAGGUAACUGCAGAAGAAACCUGUGCAUAUAUGACAACCUCAAUAGCAAAGACCUGUGCCAACCUAGGUACACAAAUGCAAGAUCAUUAUUAUUCCAUUUGUGUAAAUGACGUACUUGAAAGUGGAGAUUCUGAAGGUUACAUAUCAGUAGUACAAGCAUAUGCAGAUUAUUGUGACAAUGCGUUGAAUCCUGUGAAGUCGUCUUUGGAAGAAAUUUGUGAGGACAAGACCUCAGAUCACUACUUGCAUCUGUGUUUGUACCAGUGUAAGAUUGGAUACAUCAACCCACUGACCAGAGAAUGUGUAUGUGAAGGAUCCUGGGGCAAGUAUUGUGAAAAUGUUUGUCCUGGAGGAGUAGAGACCCCAUGUUCCAACAAUGGUAACUGUGAGAGACUGACUGGUACUUGUACAUGUAAUCCUAGUCGUGACAGUGCCACUCACUGUGCCACUUGUCUACCUGAAUGGACAGGCACAAAUUGUGACAUCAUGGUGAAUCCCCCUGUAUCAACCAUACCUGGAGCUGCCACCCAGCUACCUACAAACACCCCUUCAAGGUCCACAUUUGGAAUAUCAGAUCAGUGUCAUAUAAAAACAUUCCAAAACAUCAAGUACAAUUUUGACAAAAUUGGGGAAACCUACAUUACAAAGGGUGUAAACACAGAUACUCCUGAUAUUGCUGUCCGCACAGUUUAUUGCCAAGAGGAGGCAGUAUGUGUCAAUGCUGUUUUUUCGAAAUUUGCCACCUCUGGAGUAGUGUUACAAGCUGGUACUACAUCCACAGAUAAAAUCAAAGUAUGGAUGGACGGACAGGAGCAUUCAUUUGAUUUGAAUGAUACUAGUGUACAAACAGAUGUCAGCAUCACCGAAGUAUCUCACAAUGAGUUUGUAAUUGAGAGCACCAGUGGAAAUUACACCAGCAUUCAUGUGAGACAAGUUGAUCAAUCUCUAAGUGUGAUUGUUACCAUGGAUGAUACACUUUGUGACACUCAGACUUAUAUGGCAGGAGGAAUCUCUACUGGACACAUAACCCAAACUUACAGUGCAGCUUGGGCUGUUAAUGCAUCAGAGAGUGCUUUUGAUGUCUUGCCCACCAGUAUCUCUUCAUCCUCUUCUAACUCCUCGGUAUACCAACAGACAACACCCACAGCAGGAAACAGCUUGUAUUUCAACAACUCUGUGAUAAGAAGCAGAUUUUUGCAAGAUGUCAUUGAUCGUAAAAAUGAUUUUACAGUAGGAGUAUCAAUUCGUCCUAAUGAUGGUAAUGGAACUGUGAUUGUGAUGGAAAACAAGGCUCCAGUUUCUGUGUUCUUGGAUAAUGAGAUGUACAAAGUACGCAUGGGUAACGACGUAUAUGAUACUGGUAUUCCUGUUUCCAUUGAUGAAUGGCAAAGUAUUUCUAUUGCAUUUGAAGCAUCAUCCAAAAAGGUUACAUUUUAUAAAGUUACAGAUACAAAUAUGGAACAAAAAUCAUUCUUCAAUACAAACGAGGAUGUCUUUGAACCAGGUGGUUACAUAAGCUUAGGUCAAGCUACGUCAGUAGAUUUGACAAUGUCACACAGUGAGAACAAACAUUAUUCUGGAGAACUUGAUGAGCUGAAGAUUAACAACAAACCACUGUCUUAUAAUGAGAUCUUGGCUACUGGACUGUCUCGCGUGCCUGACCCUGCUCCUACUUUGGUAACCCAUGUAGACUUCAAUGAGGUAGAAGGGAAAUACAUAAAUGACAACAUUGGAAACACAGACUUCUUCUUGGUAGAUUCUGCUAUAACAACUGAUGCUCCUAUGAGAAAGAUAUCAAGUCUAGUACUGCCAGGUAUUGCUGUCAAGUCAACCCAUAUCAAUUCCAACAGUACAAUUCAGGCUGAAAUAGACUUAGCUUGUCAUGGUGCUGUGUAUGUUUCAGCAUUCACUGCCUGUGAAAAUGCCCUCCCAGGCUUUUUGGAUUAUGCCUACUUUAUCUGUAGAAGUGACAUGGCCUCAACAGGUAAGAAUACCACAAUACUCGACACUGUAAUAUACAUGGCAGACAUCUGUGAGACGACUGUUGAUUCCUGGCCAGCGAAAUCUUUAUGUAACUAUUACCCAGGAGAAGAUUUCCCGAGGUGGUAUGGACCAAAUUGUGAUGUCAUGUGUAAGAGUGCGACUGGUGUUGAUAGCAAUGGAGAUUGUAUCUGUAGAAAAGGUUACUAUGGAGCUAGCUGUGACAAAAUAUGUCCUGGAGGAAUCAGUAGUCCAUGUAACAAUAGAGGAGUGUGUAAUCAGACAACCGGAGCCUGUACCUGUCAAUUCAACUGGGACGGAACCGGAUGUACCAAUUGUAAAGCCGGGUUUUAUGGUGACAGUUGUGCAGUCAAUGUUCAAGACACUACCUUUUCAGGUUCCAAUAAUUAUGCUAGUUUUUCAGGAAAUGGACAUUUAAUAGCACUAGAUGGAGCUAGUGUUCCAUUCCACAUGGGUGGUCCGUACACGUUUUACAAAGAUUCCACCAUUAACAUCCAAACUCUCACAGGACCUUGUAAGGAUUUCUCAACCUGUGUUGGUAAAACCGCAAUCAAAAUCGGUUCUGAUCUUGUAGAAAUAAAUCCAAUAGAGAUCAACAACAUAACUCUCAAUGGUAACGCAUUAGAGGUUGUGACAUCUCAACCGAUUGGUUCCACAGGUUACACACUUGUGAGAGAUGCCAGAAACAAAGUCAAAAUCAGAUCAGCAUCUGGGAACUUUGACCUUGGCGUGACAACAAACAACGGUUACAUCAACAUGGAUUUGGAAGUAGAAACCUCUAAUUGUCAGUCCAGUGUUGGCUAUGUAGGAUUCUGUCAGACCAAGAACCAUGCCUGUUCACCUACAGACCAUUACUGUAUUGUAAAGGACAUCGGCAUAGCAAAAGCAAGUAAAACUGUGACAGAUUUGAAAUCCGAGGCAAUUAUUAAAUAUUUCCAACAGUUUAAACUGGACUCUGCUGAUUCUCUAUUUGGUGACAAGAUGGCAAGCACUGGCUUUGGUGUGGAGAUUAGCAACAACGGCUUCCUAGCUACAGCACCUCUUGCUAAUGACUUCUGGACAAAGAGUGAAACAUCAAAUCAUGUCAGCAUGGAGAUUCAAACAACUCUCUCAAACGUUGACAUGACAGGGAGUAAUGGCACUCUGAUAUCUUAUGGAGAAGAUGAAACCUUUGCUAUCACCAUAGUCCAAGGCUUUUUCAUUAUUCGGUAUGGAAAACUAUCAUUCAACACUUCUAUUAGAGUUCAGGAAGAUCUCUCAAGUCAAGUGGCAGUGAUUUACAAUAAUGCAACAGGCAAACUUUUAUUUAACUAUGUGUAUAUUGAUCCACCCAAAGAGAGAAAAGAGAGUGUAUCAAAGCAAGUUUUCCUGGACAUACCACCAGGGGUUUUCACAAAAGAAGGUUCCCUAGCAGUUGGUGCUUGGAUGCCAACAAUGGGUGAUGCUGGAACUCUACCGACUGGAAUGUUUUCAGGAGUUAUUGAUAGUUUGUAUUUGUUUGAUGAAGAACUAACACCAACAGAAGUGUAUAUCGACUUCCAGACACCAGUCGACAGAUCCAAAGAAGGACUUGUUCUUGGAUUUGAGUUCCCUGAAGGAUCUGGAAAAAGUUCUAUUGACUUCGUCCAAGGUGCUGGCAUUGAAUUCAGUCAUACAGGAGCCAAUUGGGUUGACUCAAAUAUAACAUUGGCUACUUCUGUUCCUAAAACUCUGGAGGUAGUGAGUACAUCAAAUGUGUCGGAUGAGAUCGUAGAUAUGUGUAAAGAUCUAAUACUGUCAAGUUCCAUGGCCCAGGAAUGUUCAUCUAUGACUAAUAGUUUACAGUCACAUUUCCUGUCAUGUGUAGAUGAUUACCAUUUGUCUACUGACAUUACCGCUACACUUGAUAGCACGCUGGACAUGUCAGAAUUGUGCCAGACGAAGGAAAAUCUCCCAACAGCUCCUGCACAACAAUUGUGUGGUGUCUAUUCCAAUACAGAUGCAGAAUUCCCUCUAGGCAAGGGUCAAUCAUGUACGACAAUGUGUAAGUUUGGCUAUGUCAAUGAUACUACUGACCUGUGCAUGUGUUAUCCAGGUGCCUACGGGAAUGCCUGCGACAAGGAAUGCACAGGUGGAUUUUCAACACCCUGUAACAAACAUGGCAUCUGUGACAAGACAACAGGAAGUUGUUACUGUGAAGAAAACUGGAGUGGUAGUAGUGAUUGUUCUUCCUGUACUGCAGGGCUCACUGGAGAAAACUGUGACUCAUUUGUUCCUUCAGUACCUCCUGGGGAUCCUUUGUGCACCCUCCUAGGAGCUGGAUCUUACCUCAAUUUUACUGGUUACAGUAACAAAGUUUUCCCAGACAGGUAUUUCUCAUUAACACAACAUCAGUUAGUCACAGAGACUAAUAAGAAACUUUGGAAUACUGUAUACAUCAAUCAAGAAAAAGCAGACAUAUCCAGAAAGAAUGAAAAGAACAUAUUUGUCAACAAUGGAAACUGCAAACUAAAGAUAACAAAUCCAAGAAAUCGAAAAUAUGUACUUAAAAUGAAUGACAUUGGCUUCAAAAUGAUUGUACAGCCACGCAAAAAUAAUAUUCUCACAACAAUUAAGUUUGAGGAGGACUACUGCUGUAAUGCCAUAGAGCGAGGUAUUUGUGGGGACUGUAAUGGUUGUAAGGAAUCAACAACCUGUGGUAUAGGCAAUACAACCGCAGUGUUGGCAUCCACCACCACUACUACUGCCAAUCCAAUAAGUACACGUAGCUUCUCGGGUACUGCCACCGACUGUGUGUUUGAAGUUUCUGAUGCAGCUACAUGUUCCAAGGGAGAAAAUCAAGGUGCAGGAAAUACAGUUUGUUUCAACGAUUCCUCAGUUAUUUCCAAAGGCUUGGAUGUGUUUAAUACAAGUUUUAUCACUCUUGAGUUCCUGGUCAAGACAUGUGCUUCUCCAGAGUGCUACGGGACAAUUGUGUCUUUCACCAAAUAUGAAACAUUUACAAUUAAACACCUUGGCACUAUAGUCCUGGGAUACGGCAGCAAUGUUUACGAUACGGGGCUGGAACUGGAGAAUGAUGAAUGGAACCAGAUUUCUCUGGUUAUAGACAAUAGGGAGAUAUGGAAGAGGUUGUUUAUCUAUGUUUUUAACUCGGCUGGCAUGAUCAAGUAUGACAGGAUGAUUUACAGAGGACUUACUCCCCUUAUCAAUGAUGGUACGAUGGUGCUCGGACGCUGGCAACCGUCUGCAGGAGGAGGAAGUGAACAGCCAUUUGGAGAACACUUUGUUGGGUGUAUAGAUGAAAUGAGAAUCUGGAAUUCAUAUUUCUCUACGCUGAGCAUCUUAACUCACUGGAACAGAGCGUACGACCCACUAACUGAGAACAGUCUUCAGAUUCUCUGGAGAUUUGACAAUGAAGCAGAAUUGAAGACCUAUGAUGAGAGUGACACCUACUAUUUUGAAACCUUACCCAACCCGUUCCAGGGAGGGAUUCUUUCAGAGUCAACAGCCCCAAUACCAUUCUAUGUGUCCUCCUAUGAUGUUGUCGGAACUCAACAAAGGAGGCGACGAGCUGUGUCUGUCAAUUACAACACAUUCUGUGACCGUGUUUUCACCUCCACUGCAUUCUCCAGUCUCUGUGCUCCUGCUGGAACCUCUCUUCAGACCUACUAUAAGAGCCAAUGUUCCAGUGACAAUGAUGAACUGGAAGAUGUUAUACUGGAUUACUCUACCUACUGUGAGAACAUCCUGUCUCUGAGCACCUGGCCUGGCUACACACUUUGUAACGACACGGACUUCAACACCAUGUUUGGAGGCUACUGUAAUCCAGAGUGCUUCUUCGGUACCAAGUCUGGCACAGAUUGUGUUUGUCUCUAUGGCUACUGGAACACAACAUGUGACACUGAAUGCCCUGGUGGGUCCUCUAAUCCUUGCUCGGGACAUGGCACCUGUGAUAGUGUGAGCGGUCUCUGCACUUGUCCUGUGAAUUGGCAGGGAGCUUCAGACUGCUCGUUAUGUUCAUCUGGAUGGAUCGGAUCUGAUUGUGAAAUUUCUGAAAACCUUGCCAUGGUAACAAAUACUAGGCUUGCCUUGUCAAAUCAACUUGGAUACAUGUACAACUUAGAUGGACUUGGUUUCCCUGUCAGAACCAUUGGAGAGUAUAUUUUACUGAUGAUCAGUGACAAUGUUCUUGUAGAAGCUAAGAUGGUGAGUUGUUACCAUAACUUCACCUGUACCACCUUCAUGUCCUUCAGGAUCGGUGACGAUUCCAAUGGUUACAUGGUAGCCACCAUUCAAACUCCAACCAAGCCGUUUACCAACCCAACUGUUUACUUAAACAAUACCCUCUAUUCAUUGGAUGUUCCCAUCUAUUACCAAGGAUUUUCCAUGAAGAGAGUAAAUGUCAAUAGUAUACAGUUCACAAUAAACAACAACACUCUUUUGUUGGUAAGAGUUCAAAGUCGGUUCCUGACCCUACAAGUUACCAUGCCUUCCAGGCUGCUUCCCAUCACACAAGGGUUGUUGAGUGGUUCUGGAUCUACCAUGAGCAGUGACAAGUUACAGCACCUACAACAGUCCCAAAGUACACAGCUUGGUGUAUGUAACUCUGUGGCCAGUACACAGGCCUACUCAACUACACUGAUAGGAGGAUCCAUCACUUGGUCUAGUGUAUCUAUCAAUCGAACAUCUUCUUCUAACACCUUCACAGACAUUAGUAGGUACAAAGUCCAGACAUGUGACAAGAUCAUCUACUAUCCUGAUUCUUCGUAUGAGGCACAGAAAAAUGGUGGAUUCAGUCUGAAAUACGAUUCAUCAAUUGCUGUAGCAGAGGUUAUUGACUUUAAUGCUCUUGCUGGAUCAGACAUAACAUUUGAAUUCGUGGUCAAAUUGGAUUUAACAAGUACCUACGGUGGAGUUUUGUUCUCCUUCGUCAAUGAAAAGUCACUUGUUGUUCAGAGCAGAGACACAAUUGAAAUAAUUUAUGACAAUACACCCUACAUCUCUAAUCUAACUCUUGAAAAAGAUGUAUGGAUUAAGGUUGUGGUUGUUUAUCAAGGAUCCAGUGGACAAUUUGAUAUCUACCAAUUCAACAGCACAGGAUUUGUUUAUAGAUAUACAGUUAUACUUCCCCUUGGAGUAUUUACAAACGCUGGUACUCUGUCCUUGGGACAAUGGAUUCCUGCAAAACUGACAACACUUCAAACACAACCAAAGAGUCUUUCAGGUGAAUUGGAUGAUUUCCUUGUAUGGAGAAUCAAGAUCGAACCUAAUGUAAUUGUAGAUGUUUGGAGGAAGCACCCACUUGAUGUCAGUCAUCUGCUGCUUCUUAUGUGGACGUUUGACGAAGGUUACGGCUCUACAUCAUAUGAUGGAUUACAGGGUAAGGCAUUUAGUUUGCCUUCAGCACCCUGGUCAAUACCGAAGUGGGUGCCCUCUGACUUGGUUUAUGAAAGGCUAUCCUACCCAAGCAUUUCUGAUGUGUUUUAUACAAGUAACGCUCAGAUAUUGCUGGGAAAAGAGAUCUGUGCAGAAAUUACCAAUUCUUCAUCUCAACUUGGAGGAUUGUGUAGCGCUAUGACGGAAUCCACAAAACAAGUGUUUUAUCUACAAUGUCUUCAUGCACUUACCGGAAGUAGAGAUAGCAUACCUGCAUAUGACGUCGUCGUAUCCUUUGCUGAAAUUUGUGACCAGUCACUUAACAUAACAACCGCUAAAACAGCAAUCUGUAGCCAGUUGGACCACAACUCUAAGAUAAACACUCUCUGUGAUACAAGUCAGUCCUGCUCAUUUGGAACUCCUCUUCUGAAUGGAUCUUGCAUCUGCACAUCUGGUUAUUAUGGAUCUACAUGCUCAAAUCAGUGCCCUGUAAGUUCGUCUAACCCAUGUAAUAGCAAGGGAGUAUGUGACUCUCUCGGAACGUGUACGUGCGAAUGGAACUGGGGCGGUACAACCUCCUGCACCUCCUGUAGUACCGGAAUGGAAGGCCUGGACUGUCAGGUGCUGGUCACUUCAGCCCUUACUUCAGGUGGCAGUCCCAUUGCGUAUGUCAGUGGAUCAGGAGCGUUCAUGGGAUUCAAUGGCAAACAGAUAUCUCUGGCAGAUUUCAACGGCCUUUUCGCAGCCUUUACUAAAGCUGGAAAGAUCGACAUUCAAGUAUACAAGGUCAGCUGCCACGUUGGUUCAUGUAUUGCGGCAAUUGGCAUUUCAACAUCUGAUGAUGAAGUUGUUAUCGUAUCCGGAGGGGCUGAUUCCAUGCCUCUGGUUUAUGACAACAGUACACUUGUAACACUUACAACGCUUUCAACAGAUCUGAGUGCCACUUUCAAAGUAGAGUUGAAGUCUCUAAGGACCGUAGAGCUGACAGUGAAGACACCAGAAACAACUACAAUAACGCUUCUGAUGCAGGACUAUUCCAUUGAUAUGGCUAUUAAAACGGUGUCUUCUCUCUGCACGGGUAGUGCUGGGGUCAUUGAAGCUUGCGGGGCUGCCAGUAUUUACACUUAUAUGAAUAAGACCGAAAUUGAGACAUAUAUUAAUACCAAUUACAGAGCAACCUCAGGGCCUAUUGUCAACACACUAGGGCCUGGUAUAAUUGGAGAUGCGGGAUUUUCUCUUGGCUUCAACAGAACAGCAGCUACGACGUCUGAGCUUCAAUAUGGUUCAAGUUACUCUUGGAGUGGAAGAAACUUUAGUGUCAGUGCAUACUACAAACCAAAUGCAGAGGGUGGUGUCAUCAUGUCUUAUGGCAGAAAUACAACUUUUGCUGUACUCAAUACAAACCCAGUGUCCCUUCAGUGUGGUGCGACUAUUGUUAAAAGUUCAGCAUCGUCUACCUUUGGUUCAUGGAACCAACUUGUGUUAUCGUUUGACACAAGCUCUAGCACAGUAAAUCUAUACCACUAUAGUACCAGUACAAGCAUCAUCUUCGAAACUCUGUCCUUCGGCUGCUCAAACGUGUUUUUCGCUGAUGGAACAGUCUCUCUGGGUGCUUGGACUCCUUCUGUCGACGACGUUAAACAUACGGUGAACGCCUCAUAUAAUGGAUACAUAGAUGAAGUAUCAAUCUGGGAAGAUGUCAUUCCUACCGAACUUAUUUUCCAAGCUCAGAGUUUGAACAUUAAAGUGUCUGGAUUUGCCAAUAAAGUGUCAACUUUAUACAUGUUCUCGGCAGGAGAUGGUUUUAACGUAUACGAUAGCAUACACGGUAACACCAUUUACUUGCCAAGAUCGCCAUGGCAGUCUCCCGCUUGGACCAUUUCCGAUCUUUACCUAAGAACUUUAACAUCAGAGGAUACAACGACUGCAUCAACUACACUAGCAACUGCAGAGCCUUUCUGUGCUCAGUUCUUUGGAUCUGGUACAGUUACCUCCAACUGCGCUGGGAUGUCUUCACAGAGUCUAUGGUGGUUCAAACAGAAGUGUAUUGAAAUUGUUACCAAUACUGGAAACUUCAGUUUAGGUAUCGUCCCAAUGGCUAGUUUCAUAGCUACAUGCACCGCAACUGGUGGAUCUGCUACCAACCUGUACAGUGUCAUUGACUCAUUAAAGAACGUAAAUAUUCCAAGCUGGAUAACAAACGAGUAUCGAACAUGCUACUUUGGCGUGUACACAAAUGGAAUGUGCAUGUGUAACUACGGUUUCUAUGGACCCCAGUGUGACAACACGUGUCCCAAUGGCUUUAUCAAUCCAUGUAGCGGUUAUGGUUCAUGUGAUACCAGUGGAACAUGUCAGUGUGACGGGCAUUUCACGGGAGCAACUUGCGAUAGUUGUGCAGCAGGAUGGAAUGGAAAGGAAUGUAUCCUUCUGUCUACUGGACAGACCACCAACCAGACAACGCUAGUAGCGCAAGGAACUACAGUUGGCCAGGUUGUCACAUUAGAUGGGACAGCAUUUGAUAUCACCAGCAUUGGAAUCUACAACCUUCUCACUGAUGCUGCAGUUGGAAAAGCAUUUUACGGUUAUUUCGCACAGUGUGAUUCGUCAAUAUCUGGCAAUGGUUAUCUUUGUAUGAAUGGAAUGGUUAUUGAACAUGCUUCAGUAUAUUACGCUGUCAAGACGGACAGUUUCCAGACCAACCAACUGGUUGUGUACACUAAUAGUCUACCGAUCAACGUGUACACAUCACAGAAAAUCGGCACGAUGACUAUAACAUGUAUUACUUCUACACGAGUUGAAAUCGAAUUCACAGAUCUUGAAUUCAGUGUGAAAGUGUCCCUUGUGAGCGGUCGCCUUUUGGCAACAAUAUCUGUCGAGCAACAUACUUGGAUAAUGCAUUCUAACGACCUGAGUGGACUUUUGUCAUCAUGCAAUACCACAGAGUCUAUCAUAUUGAAUGCGUGCGGGGUAACCAGAUCACAGAUAUGCAGUGGCACUGCCGGUUUUACAUCAGCCUCUGGAUGUGCCUCUUCGCUCACCAUGGCAGUUUUAUCCACAUUUGCCAAGACGUUUACUACCAAUCACACCAAUAUAGUCAGUAUGAUGAGCAGUACUUCUAUUCCCACCGACUCUAAUUGUCUACUCUACAGUGGAAGCGGUAACAGUGUAGAGGGUCUUUUAUUACCCACAACGUACAUGACACUGGAAUUGUAUGUAAAGCCUACAACAGUUGGUGGCAUCAUUCUUGCCUAUGGAGUCAACGGAAACACAUUUCUCUUGGCAGACACCAGUGCUGGACUGCAGAUUCAAGUUCAGAGUACGUUGUAUACCACAACCCUGAAUGUGGAACUAAAUGUUUGGAACCAAAUCAGUCUGGCGUACAGGUCAAAUGUAGGACUUUUGGAAGUCUAUGUGAUUAACAAUGCAGGUGUUUCCAAUGUGAAAGCUGUGUCUGUUGACUCAGCUGUUCUGGCAUCCGGGGGAACACUAACAUUUGGCCAGUUAGGCACUGGAAUGUCUACUACACUCACUGGGUCAUUUACUGGAUACAUUGACGAAGUAAGGAUAUGGGAACGAGUUCACAAUCCUACGGUGGUAGCCAAUAACCCUAAACUGACAGUUUCAACAAAAUCACCAGACCUCUCGCAUGCAUGGUCAUUCAAUGACGGAACAGGUAUUAAAGCAUGUGAGCUAAAACAGAACCAACACAUAUUUGCUCUUGAUAUUGCAAACCCACCAGUUUGGGUUGAGUCAGAUCUGGACUUAAUUGAGGAUCCUGCUAUUAUGAUCCCCGACUACACAACAACUUCACCGCUGACACCUGUAUCAACGACAAUCUGUAAUACGCUAUUACAAAGUACGGAAAUGACAAACGCAUGCACAGGACUCGCCGAUUUACUAACGUCUGCCCUUGAUCAGUGUCAAGCACUUGUAACAGCAACUGGAGAACAUACUGCUGCUGAAACAGUUGCGCUUAAUGCCGCCGAGUUAUGUCAGGCAACGAACAAUUUGACUACAUCUCCUCUGGAAACACUAUGUUCUUCAUUCAGCAGUAAUACCAACUACCUGUUGUCAUACGGAGCUGGAUGUUCCUCACAAUGUAUCUUUGGAUCCACCAGCAGCGGAUCAUGUGUUUGUGAUGCAAGCCAUUAUGGCACCAGCUGCGCUAAUACAUGUCCUCUUGGAAAUUCUGGAGCUUGUAAUAGGCAGGGUACUUGUGGUUCAAGCGGAAACUGUUCCUGCAACUACCACUUCCUCGGUAGCACCGUCAGGACAUCAGAUUUCUGGGACGGACAAAACACUAAUACCCCAGUUUCAGGCACCUCAUUAUCUUGCUCACAAUGUUCCAGUGGAUGGGCCGGUAAAGAGUGUACACUAGCUAUAGAAGCCGCCAGUGCAACUGCUUUGAUUCGCAUUGGAUUUAUCUAUGGACCGUAUAUUACUACACUAGACGGGGCUUCGUACCACAUCAAUUCAGUAGGAGUUUAUAAGGCACUGACAUUGUCCGGAGUAGACGUGCAGAUUCUGUUUACUCCCUGUCCAGGGGACAUCACGUGUAGAAAAGUGACAGAGAUCGCAUUUGGAAGCUCGGUCAGUAUCACUAUUAGCAGCAAUGGUACGAUGGCACCAAAGGUAGGAGGAGUUUUGAAAGCAUUCCCUGUAACAACCGAUCAAGGAAGCAUUACACUGAAAUGGGUUAAGGAGUCAUACAUCAGAAUAUAUGUUGGAAGCAGUAGUGCGGUUGUCUCCUAUAGCAGCAUGGGUCUUAUCUGUAGGUUCAAAGUUAUUGCAGCAGACGCAACCACAAAUACUGGAUUGUUGGGCAACAGUGAUGGUUCGUGGUGGAAAGAUUUCCUAUCUGGCACUGACAGUUCUAUAACAGAUAUCACCGAAGCGGAGUACCUCAUGACCAGGACAUAUGUCGGAACAGUAAUUCAAACAAAAGCAAGGGAAAACACCUUCUCUCCGACCGUUUUUGAUUCAGCAUAUGAGCCUAACAUCACAACAGCAGGAUAUGUAGUCCACGUCACUGAUCAGACAAUAGCGUUCACUUCUGUCCACACCACAGCAGAUAUUACAUCACUUACAAUUAGCUUCUGGAUUCGUGUAGAAUCACAUUUAUCCAGCAGCCAAAGCGUGAUAGUUUGUGGUACAGGAACUUAUGACCUUAAGAUAGUUCUAUUGAAUGGAAAUCUACGAAUGAUAUGGCAGAAUACAUAUAUCGCUGACUCCAUCACAUUAACCGUAAACACAUGGACAUAUGUCGCAUUGGUCUGGCAAUCAUCAGACGGAAGUCUCUCGGUGUAUUCGAUUUGCAACAAUGCUUUAGAAUAUAAAGCAUUCAUUAACGUUCAGCAUGGAAAUAGUGUGAACAUGGACAGUGUAUUCAUCAUCGGAAAUUCUUCAACCUCUGUAGACGUUGAAAAUCUGAAAAUGUGGAAUAGAGUCAAAACAAUUCAGGAACUGAUAUUAGAUAUGACGAAGUAUCAGAGCUCCGACCUGGAUAUGAAUGGUUUGUUGGUUCUGGCACAGUUUGAUGAAGGUACUGGAACCAACACGGCUAUGUCAUAUUAUCCUUCCACAGGAACAUCAGUCGUUGUCUCUGGAUCGAUAUCGGGCGGCUCAAGUACAGUAUGGAUGCCGUCAUCUGCUCCAAUCCCCAGUUUUUAUCCCGCCGUGGACAUUCAGUCGAACAUACAAACGAACGACACAUUGGACAGCUGUAUCUCAGCCCUAUCUGAUCCUCUUAUAUCAAAACAUUGCUCUGGAGUUGACAACCUGAAGGACUUCUUCAUAGAAGUUUGUAUCAAUGAAUACGGAAAACUUGGUAAUUUAACAACGAAUGAAACCAUUUUAUACAACCUGAUAUUUUAUUGCCAGGGAACGUUUGACAUCACCGAGUGUGAUCUGGACGGCUACUUUGAUUACUGCACCGAAGAGGAAACUACUGUAAAGGAUGCUGCUGGUGUGAUGAUGAUUAUCAUUGCAGGAGCUGGUGGAUUUUGUCUAAUCAUCUUGAUCAUUAUACUGAUAUACUGUAUCAAGAAGAAAAAGAAGUCUAUGAAAAUUGAGGGAGGAAAAUUAUGAAAAUGAAGGAUUUGACAGUACAUCAGAUUACAUAGGAAUGGGAGGCAUUUCAAGUAGCGCAAACUUCAACAAUGGCAAGGCACCCGUUAAGACCACUGAUGCGUCUGGUGCGUCCAUCAUGUUUGGAGAACAGUUUGAACAGUUAGACUAUGACGGUAGACGGCCAUCAGGACUACGUGAACUAUUCCGCCCAGAUCCUCUAAAAUAUUUCUCACCGAAUCCAUCUGCCGAUGGGAGACAUUACUCCUCCUUUGCUGUUGAUAGGUCUUCUGGGAUGCAAACAAGUUCUUUUAUUUUACUACAGCCACCGAAGAAAUCCUUGGCCAUUCGUCCCGAUAGAACCAACAGAAGUCACAAAAUGCCAACUACUAGUCUUCCAAACUCAACAGCAAAAACACCAGAUCCAAAAAACCUGUCAAAACCAAAUUUUGAUAAACCUAUUAGUAAUGUUAGUACCUCCAACAAAAAGGAAGCACCUAAACCCAAAAGUGGAGUAGCCCUGAAAGUAACUCCCAAAAGUGAAGCAGCUCUUAAGUCUGGUGUGAAAUUACCAACAGCUAAACCAAUGAUUGCAAACACUUCGGCACUCCCGGCGGGUUUUGCUGGUAGCUCAGAAACUACAUCAGCUCCAAAACCAAGUAAAGGUCCAAAGUCAUCACUUAUUUCUCCGCAUAAGGAACCCGAAGUUGAUUAUUCCGAUGACGAGCCAGAAGUUGAUUAUUCCGAUGACGAGCCAGAAGUUGAUUAUUCCGAUGUCGAGCCCGAACCAGAGGGUUCAGUAGACAGGCGCCUGUGUCAUUUUCUCGGCGGACCCAAACAAACUGACACGGGAAAAUUUCUGUAAAUCCCUUUUCUUGAAAGUAGCAAAAAUGUUACUUUCCAUUGUUAUUGAUACCGAUUUGUUAGCAAUACCAACAUAACCCACUAACAGAAAGCAGACAGUAUUCUCCUGUAUUGUGAAUAUAACAUUAUAAAUACUUUAUGAAAGUUCGUGGUGAUAAUUCAUAAAUAUCGAAAUUAAAUGACGGUGCUACUAUAUUUGUGUUUGAAAAUAGUACUGGAAGUGAAUGUCGGUACCGAACAGAAAGAACUUGUUAUAUUAUUUAAUGUUUUGUUUACGAAACUGUGUAUUGAUAAUUAUGCUGUUUUAUUAAUCUAUGUUUUCUGAUGUGAUAUUUGAUAUUUUUUGAGAUUAUUUCUUAUAAAUUGUUCAUACAGCUUUAAAUUCACUUAAAGAUGCCCUGUUAAUAUAAUCAUGAGUAUGAUUGUAACAUGACAUUAAUUUUGAUCAAAUAUUAUUAUUGUGUAAUUCAAGCAAACUUGGUUUUCCGUUCAUAUUACUAGUACAUAUUUUGUUCAUCUGAAUAAUGCUUUCCACAAUCAAUAUCUACUGACAAACGUUUAGUGCUUGAUUUAUUCAUAAUUAUUUCUUAAUCAAUCAUGUAACAUGCUUUUCUGAUUCCCUUCUUUGAUGCAUGCACUUUGUCUUAAUCUUUAAAACAGGUAUUUAUAUAUUUUUACACAGUCCUAUGGAAUUCAAGUCAUUAAUAUUGUAGUGAAUUAUAUCGUCCAUGAUUGUAUCUCCUGAAACAUAGAUAAAUGAAAUGUUUUAAUAGUCUUUUGCAAAUAGAUAAAUAACUUAUUGAUCAACCAUUUGUUAAUAUUUGGCGGUCAGGUCAUUGAAGACUUAAUAAUUAAUGGCAGUGAGAUUAGUAUUUAAUUGUAGUCACAUUGCUUUUCAUUAUUUUAGCGAUUAUUUCUGGUGUUAUGUCUGUUUAUAUGUUACAAAGCAACUUGAUUUUAAUACAAAUUAAAGACAGCUUCAUUUAA